AUGGCCAGGGUUGCAUUCCGACUGGAUCUUCCUGAUGAGAUCAGUCAGAUCCAUAACACUUUCCACGUGUCUCGAUUGCGUAAGUGUGUAGUCGAUGAUUCAGCAGUGAUAUCAAUGGAUGACAUUCAGGUGGAUGAGUGCCUGAAUUACAUGGAGAGGCCAAUUUUGAUUCUCAACAGGAAAGCUAAGACUUUGUGCAACAAGGUGGUGAAUCUGGUAAAAGUGAAAUGGCAGCGCCAAAAGGGCUCCGAGUGGACGUGGCAGCCGGAGGACGAGAUGAUGGAGCACUACUCAGAUUUGUUUGUAUCAGCAGGUUUCGAGGAUGAAGUCUAA